GGCAUCAAGCUGAUGGUGCGGUGGCUUCUCGGAGUGAAGAACAACCAGAGUAAAUCGGGCAACUCCACUCUGAGGAUGCUAACAGCCAUACUGAACAGUGACUGGGACCUUACAGAGCAGGGCAAGAUCAGGGACUGCACUCAUAAGCUCUGGUCCAUGUCGUUAGUGCGCGUGCCUUCACUAAGAAGCCUGAUAUGUCCCGGCUGCGUCUUGUCGCGGGGUGUGCUGUCCUGAAGCUGGCUCAGGAGCCCUGCUACCACGAUAUCAUCACCUUAGAGCAAUACCAGCUCUAUUCUCUGGUCAUCAACGUAACAGAGGAUUCCUGCUACCAUGAGAUCAUCACCUUGGAGCAAUACCAGCCGACGAGUGUUAUCAGGUGCGGCAGACCUUUGCCCAGAAGCUCCACCGGGGUCUAUGUCGUCUGCGUCUGCCCCUGGAGUACCUGGCAUUGUUCACUCUGUGUGCCAUGGACCCCAUGAAUGAGCGGCGGGCGCAUUCACGUCAGUGUCUGGUCAAAAACAUAAACCUCAGGAGGGAGUACCUGAAACAGCAUGCCGCCAUCAGUGAGAAGCUGUUCUCGCUGCUGCCAGAGUACGUGGUGCCGUACGCCAUCCACCUUCUAGUCCAUGACCCAGACUACGUCAAGGUGCAGGACAUCGAGCAGCUCAAAGGACUGUGCUGGUUUAUGAGCGAGCCUGGAUGACCGUGAUGGAGGAGGCUGCCACUCGGCUGGAGAGGGAGCAUGUGCACAGCGUCUACGAGAAGAUUGCUCCCUAUUUUAACGACAGCCGCUACAAGGCCUGGCCCAAGGUGCGCCAGUUCCUACUGGAGCAUGAGCCUGGAAGUAUCAUCGCUGACGUGGGCUGUGGCAAUGGCAAGUACUUGCACAUCAACGGCAGUGUGUUUAAGCUGGGCUGUGACGUGUGUCGCCCCCUGGUGGACUCUGCCUGGAGCCAGGGCCACGAGGUGCAGCUGUGUGACUGCCUCAGGCUGCCCUACAGGGACAGCUGCUUUGACGGCGUCCUCUCCAUCGCAGUCAUCCAUCAUCUGUCCACCAAAGAGCGUCGUAUUCGAGCAAUAAAGGAAAUGGCAAGGACCCUGCGUGUGGGCGGGCGCAUCAUGAUCUACGUGUGGGCCAUGGAGCAGACACGGCGGAAGUUUCAGAAGCAGGACAUCUUCGUGCCCUGGAACCCCAACCCCCCGUCCCCCACCCUGGACAGGGAGAGGCCCACACCCCGGAGGAGGGGCGCAGCACAGAGUGUAAGCGAAUGCCUCUACAGCGACAACAAAGACGAGCACAGGAAGGUGAAAAGCACAUCGUUCAUGCUGGACGAAGAGGAGAUUGCCUGUAGUCCCCAGCAGAGCCAGAGGCUGUGGUUCUUCUCGCGCUCCCUGGACUCGGUCUUUGACUUUGGCAGCCUGACCAUCUCCAGGUCCACCUCCAGGGAGCUCAUCAGCACCUUCUCCUCCCGGCUUGGGGAGGGAGGCAAGGUCGGCCGCAGAGGCAGGGGAGCGGGCCUCAUCAAGCAGGUUUCCAGCCUCUUUUCUGGCUUAUCUAGGAACAGCUCGGAGGAAGACGUCUUUGACUCGGCCACAGACUUAGUCAAGAGCCAGAGAGAUCAUGGGGUGUGCAGCAACGACAACCACUCCCCCUCCACAGAGAUGACCAGUGUCUCUACCGCCUUGGUCCAGGAGUGUGGCUCUGUGGCCCUGCCUGACCUGGUCUCCUCCUACCAGAUGGAGCACACAGAGGGACCAGGGCAGCCAGGGGAGAGGGAUGCAGGCCCACCAGGAGACCUCAAACAGGGACAGAACAGCAGUCAGUGCCCCCAGGACAGUGAAGGGGAGCCGGCGGCCGCCUCGUGUCUGCGCUAUUACCACGUGUUCCGGGAGGGCGAGCUGGCGGAGCUGAUCGAGAGCCACGUCGAGGAGCUCCACGUCCUUUACUCCUGCUCUGACCACGCCAACUGGUGCGUGGUGGCCGAGAAGGUCCAGGUUUGGAAGGUAUGACUUGGUUUUAACAAGUUUUAUUUUAUUUUGUAUCAUGAUUUAUUCAUCUUGCGCUUCAAAUAUAUAUAGAAAAAAAUGUUGAGAGAUGUUGAAGGUACUGUUCACAUUCUUACAGUGUUUUAAGAGUUACUGUGUUUUGCAAAUGAAUAGCACCUAAUAAGCAGUAUCCAGGGACCCAGGGCCAGGGUAUAUCUGGCUGUGUCCCAAAUGGCACCCUAUUCCCUAGACUUCUAUCCUCUGUUCCAAUGCUGCUGUCAAUGGACCACCAAUAACUAUGAAAAAUGUCCGCUAAGGAGUCGCGUCAUUUCAGUUUUCCCCCUCUAGAUUUUGCUUUUCUGUUUUUAGCCACAGAGGAACUUAUAGGAUACCCCCCCCCCCCCCUUCCAUCAGCCCUUUAGACUAACCAUUGACCAUUAGUGGUGGAAUGGGUCUCAUAUGCAAAUUCUGCCUGUAUUUGUCUUCAAAUGUUCCGCAAUAUAUAAGAGGAACCAACCUUGCAGCAAUGUUCUGUGAUGUGUUGGUAUCCCUUUCUAUGGACCACCUGUGAAUAAUGGGUCAUGUUCUAAGGAGCCAUGUGCUGUUAUUAAGAACGCUUAAGGCAAGUGCUAUAAUUUUAAUGCUGUGUAUGUGAUUUGGUGUUAAUAUUUUGUCCGGUUGAACUAAACCAAUGUAAUUUUUGGGCCAAAUGAACAGACACACAUCCUAGAUGAUACUGUGAAACGUUGCACUGUAGGUAUGUUGCUGCUUGCUGAAUGUCAGCGGUUCGAACAUGAAUAACUCUCGGAAAACUUGAAACAUUUCUGUAGUCAUUGAACCAGGGCGGUUGCAUAAGCCUGUCAAUGCAGUGCAACAUGUCUAGACCCACUACUGUUACUGGUAUAGAGAUUGAUAUCUCACCUAGCUACAUUAUUUUUGUAAAAAAAUGUUUUAAGGUUUACUUUUAAAAUGGACAUUUCUUAAAAUAAUUUGUCAGUGUAUGUUUUUGUUUACCCCAUUAAUAAAUAAUUUUUAUGAAUCUC